GCGCCUCAAAGAACUCGCCAGGAAACCGUCCACGAGAGAAUCGGCUAUCACCCACAGCCCUACUCGGGACUGCCGACUCGCCUGUCCUUCUGAUCGCCCCGCUAGCUGGCGCCACCGCAGCGUGCCAACAUGGCCGCCGCCGACGUGCAGAACUUCAACCCGACCGUGUUCUCGAAGUCGUCGUCGCGCGCCGUGACGGAGAGCGAACUCGACGAGGCGGCGACCGAUCCCAUCGACGACCGCGAGGUGUUCGACCACCUGCGCUGCAUCAAGGACCCGGAGCAUCCACUCACGCUCGAGGAACUGAACGUCCUAGACCGCGACCACGUUCGCGUCGGCGACGACGGCAUCGACGUCGAGUUCACGCCGACGAUCCCGCACUGCAGCAUGGCGACGCUGAUCGGGCUGUCGAUCCGCGUCAAGCUUAUACGCGUGCUGCCGGCGCGACUCAAGGUUCGCGUUGCCGUGACGCCCGGCACGCACGUCUCCGAGGGAGCCAUCAACAAGCAGCUAGCCGACAAGGAGCGCGUUACCGCGGCGCUCGAAAACAAUCACCUGCUCGAAGUCGUCAACCAGUGUCUUGCCGCGCACGACUGAACGUGAACCGACUUACGAAUUAGAC